GUCCCUGAUUACAGUAUCAUGACUGAGCGCUGACACAGAGUGAUUUUCGAAGUUAAUUCACAAUCACAAUUGCAACGCCCCUCCUGUCAAUACCCUCCAAUUCUCCACUAUUCUAAUUUUCAACGCUUGAAGUUUUUCGUUUCUAGCCACAAAAAUGAGCGAACAACUUCCAGCGCACGUCUCGCCCGUGCUGGAACCGGUCGAGUAUCCAUUUGCUCAGACGAUUUCUGAUCUCCGCCAUGAGAAUCCCCCGCCAGCACUCAUCAGUCCAGCUUUUACGCCGCCCGCGACACCUGGGACAGGGACUCCUGCGAUAAGUCGUGAGGCGGAAUCAAUACCGGUCGAUACGUCAAAUGAAGAGCCACAACGGCUUCUCGAGGCGCUGCCGGAGGUCAAUUGCGUCGUGCGCGCACGUAUCCCUACAACUACCGGCACUGAAAUGUUUCUUCAUCUGUACCAGAAUAAUGUUGACAACAAAGAACACUUGGCUAUAGUAUUUGGCUCGCAAAUCCGAUCCCAAUCGUUAGAUGCCCCGCGGCCGGGCGAGACAGAAAUGGAUCGAAUGAUACGAGGCGCUUACACGGGGAGAUUGUACCCUGGACGAACAUCCAGUCGAUUAGAACCACAGUCGGGGCCGAGUCAGCAACAGAAACUUAAGAGCGUGGUGGAUCAGAUAGGACACAGUUCUCCUGUUCCUAGCGCUGUACCACGCCAGCCUCCUUCGAAGAUUACCAGCGCACCAUCAUCAUCACCAUUGUCAUCUAAUAAUCCUACGCCUACCUCUUCAGCAGCAACAGCACCUCCCGCUUCCAUUAACUCACCUCUUGUCCGAAUCCACUCUGAAUGCUACACUGGCGAGACCGCCUGGUCUGCUCGCUGCGACUGCGGAGAGCAACUCGACGAAGCGGCACGGCUUAUGGCACUACCGUCUGCGAGCAGCAGCGGCGGCGUUAUCAUCUACCUACGGCAAGAAGGUCGAGGCAUUGGGCUCGGCGAAAAGCUCAAGGCAUACAAUCUGCAGGACCUGGGAUCCGACACGGUAGAGGCAAACCUGAUUCUGCGCCAUCCCGCUGAUGCGCGUAGCUAUGGUCUCGCCACGGCGAUGCUGGUAGACCUCGGGCUCGGAGGCGAUACGGGCAUUCGGCUCCUGACGAAUAAUCCGGACAAGAUUCGUGCGGUGGAGGGGCCCAACCGUGAAGUCACGGUCAAGGAGAGAGUGGCCAUGGUUCCGCUUGCCUGGCGAAGUCAUGGCAAGCAGGGGUUUAAUAGUCCGGAGGUGGGCGGAUACCUGCGCACCAAGAUUGAGAAAAUGGGCCACAUGUUACAAAUGAGCGAGGGCUUUUGAUUAAAAGUUGAGCAUUGGAGCGGAGCAUUUUGUACAGCAAUUCUUAUAGGCUUUGUUUCUCAUUAUUUCUUUAUUACUUGUGUACAUUUAUCCCGCAGUACAAAGUACAGGGGAGAAUAGUUUCUGGAUAAACUUUGUUAGAUAUCCUUAUCUUCUUUCUUAUUUAUCCUCUUUUUACAUGUACAAGGCUUGAUCAUCCUCGUUACCCCAUGUUUCGAAUCCAUGGGUCGGUAUAUUGUUUAUAUCGUUUCUUCUCUGUAUCUAAGUCAGGC